GGCAUUCCACAAGGCAGCCUAGUAUCUCCAAUCUUCUUUCUGAUCUACAUUAGAGAUCUAUUCCACCAAAUAGAUGGAUUUCAGCUCUCCUACAUCGACGACAUCUCCAUCACAACCUCAUCAACGUCCAUUAAGAAAAACGUUAAGAUACUACAACAGGAGGUUAAGAAACUAGUUACUAAAGGAAAAGAACUAGCUAUCGAGUUCGAUAUAGCGAAAAACAGAGCUAUCCACUUUACAAAGAAGAAAGAAAGA